GAAAAGAAGAAGACUAGCCGGAGAACCAAAAUCGAACGAUAACCGUUACACUAAUAAACUUACCCUAUCAUCUUAUCUUUCAUGGAUUCACUUCCUCACAAAUUCUCAGAAUCACCGAAAUGGGGUCAAUUCGUGGUGACCUUCAGCCGCUCUUUGUCAUGCCACCACCUCCCCUCGAUGAAGAUUGUGAUGAUAUCUUCAAUUCUGACGAAUCUUCAUGGGGGUUGUUGAGCUUGUCCUGCUUCGGUAUCAUUAUGGGAUUGUGGUUCUUUGCGUCGGUUUGUCUGAUUUUUGGUGUUUACGGUAGUGAAACUGUCUGGCUUGGACCUAACUCGUCCAUUCUUGUUAAACCAAGUUCCAUCUUUGUCAAAAGCAUUAAGGUGAAGGAGCUUGAUUUUUCAAAGCCUGGACUUCAGCUAUAUGGAUUCAAUGGUCAAUCUACUCCUAGUGGUUAUUUUGUAAACUGGACUGAAUCUCGAGUGUUAUCUGUCUCACAGAAUUCUUACAAGGGAUGGCCAUACUACUUAAAUAGAGGAACGCAUAUGAAUAUAUCUUAUAACAUUUUACCUAAAGGUUCUGCAGUUCGGCUUGUGAUCACUGAAGGCUCUCAAGUUAUAGGAAUGCCAUUCUUCUAUCGGUCGUCGCUGAAGGAUAUUGCAUUUCGUGACACCGCUUGGUCAUGGAAUCUAAUUCAGGGGAGUGGUAUGAUUCAAUUGGAUAUAAGUAAGUCUAAAGGUUAUUAUCUUACUGUGGCUAACUUGAAGAGGAAGGACAUAGAGGUGGAACUGGAUAUUGAUGUGAAGGCUGUCUUGUAUGAUACUAAACAAACAUCCUACAAUUGUUCCUUCAGCAAUGGCGAGUGCUCAUUCAAAAUGAAUGAAAGGUACCCUGUUGAAAAUUAUGCUGUCGUAACUUCACCAGCACUGGGUCAGGGAGUAUCCAUCGAUGAUGAAUGGUAUAUCGAGUUGUCAUAUCAACCUAGAUUGAUUGCAUAUGGAAGCUUCACAGGUGUGUUGCUUUCCUUCAUGCUGGUAGCUAUACACUUCUGCAACAAGUUAAAGUGCUGUGGUGGAGAGGGAUUUUUAUCCGGAGAUGAUUCAGUGAGAACAUGUCUACUUGCAGACAAAGGUGACAAUGAUUGUUGUAAUGAUGUCGAAGCAAGUAACAAAAGUCUCUGUGCCAUUUGUUUUGAUGCUCCAAGAGAUUGUUGUUUCCUCCCGUGUGGCCAUUGCGUCUCCUGUUACCAAUGCGGAACAAAGAUAAAAAGAACCAAGGGGAGGUGUCCAAUAUGUCGAAAGAAAAUGAUACAUGUGAAGCGAAUCUAUACAGCUUAAGAUGUAUCAUUAUCUGUCCAAUGUGAUGUUGAAUCGUUAGAGCAUUAAUAAAAAUCAUAUAAUUUGAUAUUGACAAGGCUCAGGUCUUUCUUUGCAUUAAUUCGUUUCAUCUCUUAACCAUCUUUGUGACAACAUCAUUGGUUAACUACCAUAGGGUAGGCAAUAUAGUGAACCAUUGUUUGUUGACUCACAUCACAAAAUGGUUCGAAACCCGAAUCGAUAAUUAAGGAUUUCAUAAAUUAAUUGUUAAUUUCUGAAUAAAUUCGGAUUUUGUAUAUUUCCUCCGUUUCGUAAUAUAAGUAGUUUUGGACCAAUUUUUUUGUUUCACAACAUAAGUUGUUUUUAACUUUCUAUGUAAAUAAUAUAUUAUUUUAAUAUUUUUUGAUUAUUUAUA